AUGGAAAAGAUAGAAGAAGAGGAGGCACCACAAGUCAUAGUUGAGGAUGAAGAAACUCAACCAACAAGUGAGGUCCCUAAGAAUAAAGGAACCAUGGAAGAAGAAAUUGCUCAACCAAUCCCAUUUCUGACACUUGCAAAGAAAGUUAGAAAGCGCAUGGAACUUGACCCCAAAAUGAUAGAAAUGUUCAAGAAAGUUGAGGAUAGAAUUCUUGAGCUAGAGACUAUUCCAUUGGGGAGUUCUAUUUCCGCUUUAAUGGGAGCAUUGCCUGAGAAGUGUGACGAUCCGGGCCCAUGCAUGGUCACUUGCACCAUAAAUGGAGUUCAAUUUCUAGACUGUAUGUGUGACCUCGGUGCAUGCGUUAGCAUUAUGCCCCUCUCCGUCUACAAGGUAUUGAGGCUACCACCAUUGAAGAGAUCGACGGCAAGAUUUGUUCUAGCAGACAAAAGCAUAAUAACUGUGACGGGUGUUGUGGAAAAUGUGUUGGUAAAUAUAAAAGAGUUGGUGUUUCCAAUUGAUUUCUAUGUUCCUGAGAUGCCAUCAAGCGAGUCUGAGAGGGCAUCAUCCAUUCUACUUGGGAGACCAUUUUUGAGGACCUCUAGAUUUAAGUUAGAUGCCUACUCGGGAACCUACUCAUUUGAAAUAGAUGGGAGAGUCGUGAGUUUUAGCCUAGAAGAAGCAAUGAAACAUCCACCGGAGAAUCAUUCUCUAUUCCGGUGUGACCCAAUUGACAACAUUGUUGCCGAAGUGCACUUUGCAAAGUUGGAUGAGAAGUACAUGAUUGAAGACACAAAUGAAGAUCCAAGUGAAGCAAACACAUUACACCAUCCGGACCAUCUGGAAUUUCAACCUCCAAAUCAAGACCAAAAGGUAGAAUUGAAGCCACUACCACCCCACAUAAAGUACUCAUAUCUUGAUGAAGCCCACAAGUUCCCUGUGAUCAUUGCAAAGGAGCUAAACCCUCAAUAA